AUCAUCUGUCACCACUCUCACGACGCCCUCUCUCCUGUGUCGACAACGCCAAUUCGUCGCAGUCACUCCUUCUUGCAAGACCGAGGCGCACAUUUCGAGUUUAGUCCCAGUCCUAUUUUCUCCACGCUCCCGCAUACAAUCACAACCAUGACGCGCGCCCAGCAAACCAUUUCCAUCGGCCUCCUCGUCACUUCUCUUUACCUGGCUCUCUUCCUGCAGCUUAUUCCUCUUCCCGAGCUCGUCCAGACCGAGAUCGUCCCUGUUCUCCCCUUCUGGGCCCUCGUCUCCUUUGGCGCGUACCUCCUCUUCCGCCUCGGCUUCAACGUCAUGACCUUCAACGAUGUUCCCGAGGCCUACAAUGAGCUCAUGAGCGAGAUCGAUCUCGCCAAGACGGACCUCCGCCGCCUGGGCGUCGAGGUGGAUUAAAUCCGGCAAGAGCGAUAAUAUUUGGGGCUAAGUGACUGGGAGGGAGGGUUCGCGACGCAAGUUCCCUGGCUGCACUGCCAGGGACACGACGGCACACCAGGAAUAGAGAAUUGCUAGAUGGAAGGUUUGUCAUGGACGGGUCAAGGCAGAGGGCAUGGUCGUCAGCAGUGAAACGUCUUAUGGCAUGGCAAGAUCGCCCAGCCAGUGCCCGAGCUACGAGGGCAGGGCCAGGGCUGCCUGUGUCUUCAAAGGAGCUUUAGAUAAUACAACAAGCCCUUGACACCACAAUUUGUGCGCAGUGGAUAUGGCAAAUGUGGUAGAAGCGCAUGACGAUCGCGAAUAUUCCAAAGUGGAACGCCUUCGGAAUACUGGCAAGCUAGAGACACAAUCCAGUAACAC